CGUCUUCACCCCUGUCUUUUCUUCUUCCGUUCACCCCCACCUCGCGUCUAGGUGCGCGCGCGCUCGCUCGCUCUCGCUCUCCUAGCCUCCUCCUCUCUCUCUCGUCGCAACGACUGGCCGACCGCCGCCGUCCUACCCCAGGUGCCUAGGUAUUCGUCGGGCUGUUCGCCGGCGACGAGCACCCACCAGCCCACGUUUGUGGGAACCAUGGAUGAAUCACGAAAAAGAGCUGCCUCUAAUGCGAAUGCUAAAAAUACAAGUUCAUCCCUUGAUGAAGACUUUGGCAACGAUUUUCUUUCAUCUUGGAAGUUACCAAAAUCAGGAAAAGAUACAAUUGACUUUGAUGUUGAGUCAGCUCCAAAGAGUAACAAGAAGUUUAGCUUCGAGAAUCUUGAUGAUUUUGGACUUAAUGGAGCCUUCGACUCAUCAUUUAAAAUGGGCAUGUCUGAUUUAGAUUUCUCUAGUCCUCUCAAGAAAAAAGCGAAGAACAACAGUUCAAACGGCGAUGAUCUUUCUGAAGGGAGAAAAGUAACUGAAAAGGACAACUUCUCCUUUUCCUUUGAUUUUAAUGAGUUGGGCAACUUCAAUCUUGACACAAAGUUGGGCUUUGAGGAAAAUGCUAUGAGUAGACUUAAAGAAAAAACUGACCCCAUCACUUCAGAGGGUAACAAGGAUCCACAAAGAGGUAUUUCAGGCAAGGGCACUGAUGUUCCUGAAGAUAUUAAGAGUAAGGAACAAAUACAAACACAGAAUGAUUGCACUUUGAAGCCCGCUGAUUUGACAAGCACGAAUCCUGCAAGUGUGGACCAACUUAAAGUAGAUAUGGUGUCAAAUAAUGUGCUUAAAGAGUACUCUACUGAGAACUAUCCAACAAAACCAGUUGUCAACAAUUCUUCUCAAAGUUUUCCUUCCACUGCUGUAUCUGGUGAAGAUCCAACACAUUCGAAAGUGAUAGCAGUUCCUGAGAGCAGCAAGGAAGCUCCUCCAGUGGGCCCUUGUAGAGUUAAUAUAAUGUCAAGGGAGAAUAAUAGCAGUGAGCAAUCAGUUAGUUCACAAUCCAGAAACAACGUCACUGAAAAUGUCCCCAUCUCACGAAGAUCAGUGGGCCAAUCAGAGUCUCAAAAUAACCAGAAUGAGCCCAUGGAGGAAAGUACAUCUCUUAGUGAAGGAAGUCAUGGUAAGCAAUGUUAUGGAGGCACUUCAAUGAAGCCUCUAAGGAAGACAUCAUGCGGGACAAAGAAUGUUGAGAAAGUGACUUCAGGUCCAAAGAAUCUAUCUUCAACAAUGCAGAGGGAAAUCAGAAAUGUUAAACCUACAUUGGUGAAUGAAGCAGGAACCUUUUCUCUUCUGUCCAAGUCUACAAAUACAAAAGCAAGCAGGCCUCCCCAAAUAACUUCAGAAACUACCUUAAAUCAACUAAGUGGUGCCAAUAACAUGAUGAAAAAGACAGAUACACAUCCUACAGACCUGAACAGGGAACACAAGCAUGCACAGCCAGAUAAGCAUAAAAUCACGUUGGCAAAAACAUACUGCAAGCCAGGAUUACAGGGGCUGUCAACUACCUCCAUGAAUGCCAAACAUGGACUUGAGCCACUUAGUGCAGGCAACUCAGCACAUAGCACUGGACAUAAAACACUAACAAGUCAGGUGCUCCUAAAAAGCAGCAACACCUCUGAUAUGAUACAAGGCGCUCCUUCCAAAGAUGAUAAAAGACCAACAACUUUCCAAAUGGCGGGAUCAAGAGUUUCAAAAGUAGGCACCAGAAGUCCAAAGUCUGGCUUGCUUCUGGAUAAAGAUUCAGUAGAAUUGAGUGAGAGCAAGAGUUCCCUUGUAAGGACACACAAGAUCCCAAACUCCUUUGUUGAAGGGAAAACUGCAUUGCUUAGCCCGUCCAUAAGGCAAAAGAUGCCCGAGGAAUCAAUCCCAGAUCCAAAAGCCCCUGCUGUGCUGAAACACAUCAUGAGAUCUCCAGCUGUGAGAAAAUCACCGCAAACUGUUCCAGAGUCGGGGAAUCAAACAAUUCUAAGUGGAACUCCGAAAGCUCGUAUGGAAAAUGCAGUUUCUUCCACAAUACCAUGGGAGAUGGGUGACAUUUCAGAUCUCGAGUUGCCUGCCCUGUUAGAAGAUGAUGGGAAUGUAGAGAAAGCUGAGGCUUGUAGAAAGCAGCUUGAAGAUAUGUGCAUUUUGAUGAAAAAGAAACACACGGAAGCUAAAGAACUAGCAGUUCGUGCUAUUGUUAACAACAAUAUGCUGCUGAUGCUAAACCACCCAAUGUUUGAGGAGAAACUUUCUGCUCUUCAGAAAUAUGCUGACAGCAUGAGAUCCAAACACUUAUUUGAGGAAAUUGUCACAAUGGAUACUCAUUGAUGCGGGAGUACUGUGGGAAAGAAGAUGCUUCAUCCUGGAGGAACACCGGUAAUGUAAAUGCAACGAGAGGACAUAUAUAGGAUUCAGCAUGUACUUGAUACUGAGACGAAGUUCAGAGAUCACUGAAUAGCAAAUGUAGUCACAUUACUUGCUCCUGUAGAGGUACUUCUCUUGCCUGUUAUAGCUAGCAGCUGUUUGGAGAGUGCUCGAAUUAGUAGUUGGGUUGAUUCCCACUAGGACAAGACCUGAGUACUCAAACGGAUGACAAUCCAAGAGGACAUGUGUACGAAGUGUUGACUAGUCACUCCCUGGUGCCACCCGUGGUUAAAUCUUGUACCAAAUGCAACUGAAAAGAAGUCUAGUUUCACAUUGAAUUAAUGCAGGGGUAAAGUUAACGAUGAUAA